CUGGUCCCGCCCCCCUCAUGAAUAAUGCAUCAGCUCAUUAAUUAGCGCGGGCCAAUGGGCGGCCGCUGACGCCGCCCGGUAGAAACCUCCCGCCCGCAGCGCGCAGCCCAGAGCCCGGACGGGAGCGGCCGCCGCCAUGUGCGACUUCUCGGAGGAGCAAACCGCGGAGUUCAAGGAAGCGUUCCAGCUCUUCGACCGCACCGGCGACGGGAAGAUCCUGUACAGCCAAUGCGGGGAUGUGAUGCGGGCGCUGGGGCAGAACCCCACCAACGCCGAGGUCAUGAAGGUGUUGGGGAACCCCAAGAGCGAUGAGAUGAACCUGAAGACGCUGAACUUCGAGCAGUUCCUGCCCAUGAUGCAAACCAUCGCCAAGAACAAGGACCAGGGCUGCUUCGAGGACUAUGUGGAGGGGCUGCGGGUCUUCGACAAGGAGGGCAACGGCACCGUUAUGGGUGCUGAGAUCCGCCAUGUCCUCGUCACCCUGGGCGAGAAGAUGACGGAGGAGGAGGUGGAGCAGCUCGUGGCCGGGCAUGAGGACAGCAACGGCUGCAUCAACUAUGAAGAGCUCGUCCGGAUGGUGCUGAGCGGUUGAAGCCCCUUCGUUUCAUCGCAUCCCCCCCCAUAUCCCUGAGUUUGUGCCUUGUCCCUUAUUACCCACCCACUGUGUGUGUCCCCCCCCAUAUCCACCCCCCCAUAUCCCCACAUGUGCCCCCCCAUAUCCCCACGUGUCCCCCCCCCCAUAUUCCCACUCUCAGCCCCACCGGCUAAGUUAUUGCUCCCCAGCACCCAAUAAAGCACAGGAUGGUGGCUCCGGA